AUGGGUCCAAGGCGUAGGAAGACGAAAAUUAAGCUGACGAUAGAGAAGGAGGAAGAGCGGUGCCGCUGCUCAACAAUCAUCUCUGUCAAGGGCAUGGGCAUGGACCACAUGAUGGGGCUUGGUGCCAGAGCCGCCCACCAGAUCUCCAGGGCUGAACCAAUGCCUGACCGAAGGUCAAGGUUUUGGCAGACGGAUGUGCAGCCUGCGCCUCGUAUAGACAUCAUCUGCCCUCUUCCUUGCCGCCCUUCCCGCCCACAGCUCCUCAAUUGGCCCAGCCCCAAUUCUAACGGGGCACUCCCAUUGUAUAGAGCAGACCCCACUUGUGAUAUCGUUGAUCUCAUCCUUAGCAAGAAUGACCCUGAUGUGGAUACUGAUUCAAGCAGCCAGGUGGCCUUUUUCUGUGGCUCACCUCCUGCACGCACUGACAACCCUGUUAUCAAUGACCCACAGUUUGGAAAGAAAACACCAUCCUUUUCUCCUUUAGGAAGCUCUUUCGGAAAAAUGGCAGCUGGAAGAGUUGAAGUAGGUUCUCCGACCUGCGGGGCCAGCAGCCCGAAAGUAAGAAUCGAAGGUUUUGCUUGCGGGAACAAAGAGCCCCCUCACUGUGCAGUUACAUUUGCCUGA